AUGUCUCUCCUCCGACGGCUCUUCCGAGCUGCGCCCAACCCACCGCCGCGACCGGUACGGACUCCCGUAUCCUUUGCGAUCCAUGUCGGAGCCACGUUCAUUGCGAUAUAUUCGUUGUCGGCGUUGAUCGCACACAAUUGGAUCUGGUACACGUAUUCGUUGCAAAAGGCAAACGCAGGUCCUUCCAUGUAUCCGACCAUAGCGAGCGGACUGUCCUACACCAUCUACUCUCGAAGACACAAACGGGGCCGAAAUAUACAGAUUGGCGAUGUUAUACUUUUUGAAAAUCCUAUCUUCCUACGAGGAAAGGCAUGCAAACGGGUCGUUGGUAUGCCGGGCGACUAUGUGGUUCGAGACCCUUCACAAAGUCCAACUGUCGGCGGCGCACCUGUGCCUGGUAUUACUGAAGACGACGCUGUGCGGGAAGAGCCCGUCAUGGUGCAAGUUCCCGAGGGCCAUGUGUGGGUUGCGGGCGACAGUCUGUCCUACAGCAGAGACUCCCGGUUCUAUGGUCCGGUGCCGAUGGCACUGAUUGCCGGCAAAGCACUCUACAAUGGCGACGGGUGGUUCAAUUGGACCUCAUUCCGCACACCUCAGCUGACUCCGGUCGAGGAGCCCAGUCAAAUCUCCCUAGAGCCUGUGAAGGGCGAAGUACCUCUGGAAGAUGCAAGGGCUGGUUGA